AAGUGUAUGACAGGCCAGCGCGCCAAAUUGAUAUUCCCGACAAAAGGUAGUCAGAAAACAGGACUUAUUUAAUUUAUGAAUAUUUAGCCACAAAGCGUAACUAUAAAACGUCAUUAAGUCGUGUGAGAGGAAGUAUUUUACCGGAUUAUCGGACUCGGUCAAAGCCGUCAGGAUGGGUUUGCUCGAGCGCUGCCAGGAGCUCUUCAAGACCUCAAACCUGUACGAGGUGCUGGGCAUCAACAAAGAGGCGACCGAGGCAGAGAUCCGGAGGAGCUACUACAAAGUGUCGCUGAAAGUGCAUCCGGACCGGGCUCCUGAAGACCCACAGGCUACGGAGAAGUUUCAGGUGUUGGGUAAGCUGUACGCGGUGCUGAGCGAUAAGGAGCAGAGAGCUGUUUACGAUGAGCAGGGGGUGGUGGAUGAAGAGUCUGACGUCCUGAGCCAAGACCGCUGCUGGGAAGACUACUGGAGACUGCUAUUCCCCAAGAUUACAGUGCAGGAUAUCCUUGAAUUUGAGAGUAAAUAUAAGGGCUCUGAUGAGGAGCGGCAGGACGUAAUCCAGCUGUACGUGCAGCACCAGGGAAAUAUGGACGCCAUCACUGCAUCGGCCAUGUGCUGUUCCCAGGAAGAUGAGCCCAGGCUCUGCAGCAUCAUCCAGGCUGCCAUCGAUAGCGGAGACGUCGAAGCGUUUCCAGCGUUUACUAAGGAGAGUGACAAGAAGAAGAGGGCUCGCAGGAAGAGGGCUGACAGAGAGCGACAAGAAGCAGAAGAAAUGCAGAAAGAGAUGGGGCUUGGUGAUGAAGACGACAGUCUUGUGAUGAUGCUAAAGCAAAAACAGAAGUCCAGAGAGCAGAAUUUCAACAGUUUCCUGUCUGACCUGGAAGCAAAAUACUCCAAAAAAAGUGAAAAGUCCCAAAAAGGAAAGAAAGGAAAAAAGUGAAAAGCAUACAGUCUCCAUUUAUGGCAGAUAAAAUACAUAUAAAUGGCAGCACUUGUUCCCCACACACACACACACACCUUUUUAGAUUAACAGGAGCGUUGAAGUUCAUGUUUGAGCAGCUGCCCCACUGCUCCCCUCUGUAGGUUUUCAUGUGACACUCAUCAAAAUGUAAAUGAAUCUUUUAUUUG